AUGAAUUAUCGAAAAAACUAAUAGGAAGAUGGACUUAAUCAAAAUAGCAUGCCUAUCCCAUUCCCAACAUCUUAUUAGCCCUAUCAAAAUAUCUUGGGAGGAGUGCCCCCAGGUUCAGGCCAAGGCCAGUCAGUUUUAAUCAUCGAUGGCGCUUAUCUCUAGGUAGGAGCUAGAGACAUUGAAAAGUCCAGCAAUCGUAAACUCGCUCUCACAGAAGACAACAUUCACAAUCUGAUAAAGUAUAUGCAGGAUAAGACUGGCUACUAAUUGACUUAGAGACAUUUCGUUACUGCUGAAAAAGACUCAUAGAGUAUUGCACUCAGAUAAAAUACCUAUAAUAGUCUAAAAAAGAAUUCUAUUAGUGUAGACAUCCGAGGAUUCAAGAAGAAGCAGGCAUGGUGUCCAAACAAGACAUGCCCUCACUCUCAAAAGGCAUUUGAUUUCUAAGUAUAGCAGGAAGUAGAUGUCGCUAUAGUUAUGAAAGCAAUGAAAAUAGCCUUCUCAAAUUAGCUUGAAUAACUAGUCUUGAUUGCAGGAGAUGGAGAUUUCAAAGACAUGGUCGAGUUCUUCACUGAGACAUUGUACAAAAAGGUUUGGAUUUUCGGCUACAAGGCAAGCCUAUCAGCAUCUCUGCAUGAGAAAGCAAGUCCAGGCUGCGUCUACUUCCUAGAUGACAUAUGGGAGCAGAUUUCUAUGCCUCGCCUUAAAGACCUUAUGCCAAAUAAUCACUUUGAUAUAAGAAAGCCGAUUGAAAAAAUUAUCUGUGCACCAGAAGUGAUUGAUAUCCCGUCAAAGAGUUCAAAUUCAUCCCAAGAAGAAAUCGAAAGACAAAACCUGUCAAAUAUGAUGGAUGAAAAGGAAAAGGCUAGAAUUGAGAAAGAAAAAGAGAUUAAGAUUUAGAAAGAUCUGUAGUUGUUGAUCAAGUUAGGGUUUGAUGACAAACUAGCCUAGGAGGCCCUAGAUCAACAUCCAGGGGAUCCCCACGAGGACUCACUUAACAACCUAAGUAGCCAAAUACCUCCAACCAUUUAUCAAACAAGAUAAAUGAUUUAGAUAAGUAUGAGACUUGAUUGUCAAGUAUAUUUCAAUGUAGGCCCAAGAUUGCAAGCUCAGUCUCAUAGCUUUGAGAUAGAGCCAGGGUCAAGUGCCAUUAAAUUACCACCUAGCUAAUAUUAAUUCAUUAUAAAAUUCUACUUAAUGCUGAAGUGA